AAUUAGAAGCACAAACACAAUCGAAUAUGAAGCCAAUUCUCUCCCAAUCACCUGCAGGCGCAAGAGGAGACCUUGGCUCAUCCUCUUCAGAAAGGAUUCGACCUUGAUCUCAUCGAGGUGACCUUCUUGUGUUCUAAGGACCUGGUGAUAUAUAACAAAUAAGUGGGAAAUGGGGAAAGAAUAAUGAAGAGGUCAACGGUGAUGGCCCCUGCAAAGGAAGCCAUGGCACCGACCACAGUGCCAGAACCAACAGGAGUUAAAGCUCCGUCAACUCAAGCACCAGCAGCCGUUUCAGAACCAGCUGCAGCACCAGCCAUACCACCAUAUGUUGCACCAUCUGCACCAGCUGCAGCAUCCGUUGCAGCACCAGUUGCAGCUCAGCACUCACUGCAGAUGGACAAGCAAGAGUCCAAAGGAGAAAUAAAGGAUCUGCUACAAAUGCUGCUUCGGCAGGUGGAGCAGAUGAUGAUCAUGAUGCAACAACAAAUGGUUCAGCAAUCUCACCUUCAGGAAAGAAUGUUCACGUUCCUCCUCGAUCAACAACAGCGUCACCCUGUAGUGGGCCUUGGAAAUGGUCAAGUAAUCAAUGUCUCCAAGUAAUCUCUUGAAAUGUACAACUGGAACAUAAACAGUUUACAGAAACGCAAGGCAACUCUCUCACAGUACCUUCACUCUGAAAAUGUUGAUGUGUGUUGCCUUUAGGAAGUCAGAACUAGUUCUCGUUAUGCAGAAAUUGCGGGAUACACAUAAUAUGACAGGCCAAAUCUCUCUAAGAAAGCGUUUGACAUUUAUAUAAAGAACUCAAUUCCAUCGCAAGUGAUUGAUGGCAAUUGUGACAGCACCUGUGCUGAAUAUCUUAAGUUUGACUGAUAACCCUCUACCCAAAUUGAAGCACAGCCAGUGUGGAUUGAUGUUUUGGUAUCUUACCCUGGCUUUUUGCAGGGCAUGUACACUGUUCUCUAAAUAAAUGUUAUCAAAUAUC